UAUUCUUAUCAUUGUAGAAAGAAGGAAGACAAGUGGAGAGAUCUAGAGUUAAUAUAUAGAAAAAUAAUAAGAACAAUUAAGUAGUCAUGUCUAGCAGAAGAAGAUCAAAUAAUAAUUCAAGAUUCACUCAAGAUGAAAUUAAUGAUCUUGUCUUGAAAUUACAAUCUCUCUUGCCAAAUUCCUCUGCAAGGUGCACCUCCACGGAAGCAUCAUCAUCAAAGAUACUGGAAGAGAUAUGUAAUUACAUCAAAAUGCUGCACAGUGAGGUGGAUGAUCUAAGUGAGAAGCUAUCCCAAGUACUGCCUUCUGUGGAUACUAAUACUGCUGAUCUUAUACACACUUUAUUAAGUCUUCUUCAACAGUAAAUAAAAAAACAAACAAACAAGGAUCUAGGCAUCUCUGAGUGUUUGUUGAAGUGUUUUUAUAAGUAUAUAUAUAUAUAUGUGUAUAAUGUCUACCUAGAGUUUUAUAUAAUGUAUCAAUUACUAUGUAUAUCUUAAUUAUUUGUUGUAAUAUUUAUUAUAUAUAGAUGAGUAAUAUAUACAGUAUAAAAUUAUGAUGUUUAA